CCGGAAGUGGCUGUUGUCAGGGAGCCGGGUGCUGAGGAGCAGCCGCGGUGUCGCGGGCCGGGAGCGAAAUACCGGCCAACGCCCGAGGAGAGGCCGAGAGGCGGCAUCGGAGGCCGGGGGAAGAUGCUGCCCAGCAAAUACCGGGCGCGGCUGCUCGGCAACCCAAUAAAUACUUGUAGUCUUCAGUUAACCGUGCAGGCUUCAACUGUCGGGGACCGAUUAUCCCAGAAGCAGCAGGUUGACUGUAGAUUAAACAAGGAGUUACUUGCUUCACAUAAUAAGGUUUUAAACGUGGAUGGUGACAAGAACUUUCUUUGCAAACCAGACACAAUAUGCCAUGAUGAUCCAUCCCACUACUACUCGGAAUCAAUGUCGCGGGUAACAACUGGAGACAUGCCGUCGCAUGUUCCCCUUUCAGUAAAAUGCAAGUCACGACAGGGCUCUCGUAGCGCUGUCCCUUCCCCAUCUCACAGUCAAGGAACCUUGCCGUACUUACCAGGUGACCAUGUAAUUUUUUCUGAGAUACCUUCAACACCUGGAAUUCCUGUUGUAUACCGCACACCUGAGGAAAGGGCAGAGCAUUCUGAUAGGCUAAAUUUAGACAGGCGAAACCUAACAGUCUGUCCAAUUCUGGAGGGUGAGCAACAACUUCGCUUGUUGAAUUUCCAGCACAAUCUCAUCACUCAGAUCCAGCAUCUUUCCAAUCUACGACGCCUUAUUUUUUUGGACCUUUACAACAAUCGGAUUGAGGAAAUCUCUGGUCUCUCUUCUCUGAAGUCACUUCGUGUCCUUAUGUUGGGCAAAAACAGAAUCAAGAAUAUUUCUAACCUGGAGAGUCUCACUGAUCUCGAUGUGCUGGAUCUGCAUGCAAACCAGAUCUGUAGGAUGGAAAAUAUCAAUCAUUUAACUGAACUUCGAGUGCUUAACCUUGCGGGUAACUUCAUUGUUCAUGUUGAAAACAUGAGUGGUCUUGAUUCACUGACAGAACUCAAUCUUAGAAGGAAUCGCAUUGAAUCUGUGAGAGAUGCAGACACAUUACCUCGUCUCCAAAGAUUUUUCCUCAGCUUUAACAACAUAUCCAGAUUUGAGGACAUUGCUUGUCUGGCAGACUCUUUAUCACUCUCGGAGGUCACCCUGGAUGGCAAUCCCAUAGCUCAGGAGUCAUGGUACAAGCAUACGAUUCUCCGACAUAUGCUGCAGCUCCGUCAGCUAGAUAUGAAGAAAAUCACAGAGGAAGAGCGGCGAAUGGCAUUAAUCAUGGCCAGAAAAGAAGACGACAAGAAACGUGAAAUCCACAAGCAGGCAAUCCUGAAGGAGAAGCGCCGUUUGGCUAUCAGUAAUGCUGCCAGACAGUGGGAGAUCCAGCAGACAGUUGCUGCUAUCAAGGAGGCACAGCAAGAACGAGUGAAACCUGUCGGCACAGCCAGUAACAUCAGUAAUCAUAAGCCACGUCACAUCAAUGAACAUGAACAUGGGUUAUGGCCGAAUGAGUCGAGCCAAUUGAGUCCUAAUAACAUCAUUGAAAAGGAAGCAGAGGACAACAAACAAGACUUCCCAAAAUCCGAAAAGUCCAGUAACAUGAGGUCUCCUGAUGGGAUACUGACCUGUGCAGUGCAAGGACUGUCCAUCGCAGACUCUCACUUGGCCGAGCUGGAAGGAGACACACUGCACUUGUAUGGGUUUGGUGCACUGGAAUCUCUAGAUCGCAGCUGGGGCGUUCAGACAGCUGGGACAGUCACAACUGUCUCUUUCAUGUUCAUAGACUUUGAUGAGAUUGUCACAGUGUUACCACGAUUGAGGAUUAAAUUUCCAAAUAUUUUGCACUUAAAGUUCCAAGAUACGAAUCUUCACAAAUUGCAGCAGUUUAAUGCUCUGGCACUGGGUCGCAGGUUAGACCAACUCACUGUUAGUUCUCAGGGGAACCCAGUGGUGAACUUCAGCCUCUGGAAAUACUAUGUCCUCUUCAGGCUCAACCAUUUCUGUCUCCAAAAAAUAAAUGAUACGGAGGUAACUCCCAUGGAUAUAGUAAUGGGUGAGCGAUUCUUUGGAAUUUUGGCACGUGUGGCUGCCUCUGAUCUCCCCCAGCCUCGGUUGCUUUCAUUGCUGGGAGAAAUCAAGAAGAAGCAACUGCAUUUCAUAUUGGAGGGGAAAGGAAAGAAAUCUGGGGUCACCCUGGAGGAGACUAAGGACAGUAUAAAGCUUGGAGGUGAGACUGUGGGCCGAGCCAUCCUGAAUUAUUCUAAUAAGGAUGUCACCUCUGAAAAAUUCAAGGAAACAAGGACCUUUUGCCAAGUAUAUGUGCAAGAACUGGUUAAAGAUGCCGCUCUUAUUGAUGUUAAAAAUGAAUCCCUGCAGAAACUCUGGCCACAAAUCUUCAUCGAACUAGUGCGGGAUUGUGUAAUCCAAAUGAGCAAUAAAAACUCGCACAUGAAACUGUGCCUGAAGAACAUAAUGGACCAGAAAUGAAGAGAAUAGCAGAACCCCACUUAAACUCUAGUUCAACAUCAUAUAUCCUCUGCCACUGUAUUGAUGCAGUCAAACCUGAAUCACAGAAUCUCCAUUUACAAAGAUUAUUGGCUACCAAGGAUUGCUUCUUCAGGAUUCGUACUUCAUUGGAACAAGUAUUGUCAAAUCACAAAUUUUAACAAACUGGGAUUAAGAAACUAAGACAUCAAAGAUGAUGAGAGUGUGCUUGUGAAAAGGAAGCCAAAGCCAUUCUUAAACUAGUCUUCCACCUUAGCUGCUGAUACACUUUAGAGCACUGCAGCAGUACACACCAUUCUCCAUAGAUGAUCAAGGACUUGCAGCAGUGAGCACAUCUAUAUUACCUGCUGACUUUAUCCCUUUGUGGGAUUAACCGAAAAAUAUACUGACGAAAUAUUACACCUAAUGAUUUGUUAAGGUGCGUUGGAACCUGGGAAUAACUCUAACCAGAGUUUAUAAAUGGUGUAUUCAAUGUCACUGUUUUCUCUCUUUGUUAACAGUGUAGAUGUGUCGAUACACACUGCUUAAUGGGGAUCUCUGUCAGGUAGUAGUUUGUUAUAAGGCCUUGGACCCCAGUAGUUUAAUGAUGAAUUUUGAUGAAUUGUGUGUCAGCCGUAGCUCAGUUGAUAGUGCUCCCACAUCCAAGUCAGAAGGUUCUGAGCUCAAGUCCCACUCUAGAGACUUGAGUACUAAAAUCAAGGCUGGCACUCUAGUGCAGUAGUGAGUGAGUACUACUACACUGACAGAGGUGCCAACUUGCAGAUGAGGUGUUAAAUCAAGGCCUCUCUGCCCUCUCAGGUGGAUGUAAAAGAUUCCAUGGCACAAUUUUAAAGAAGAGUAUGGGUGUUGUACCUGGUGUCCUGGCCAAUAUUUGUCCCUCAGUCAACAUCACAAAAAUAAAUGAUCUGGCCAUUAUCACAAUGCUGUUUGUGGGAGCUUUCUGAGCACAAAUUAGCUGCUAAGUUUUCUACGUUACAACGGACUAUACAUCAAAAAGUCCUUCAUUGGCUGUAAAGCACUUUGGAAUGUGGUGGUUGUGAAAGGCACUAUAUAAAUGCAAGCCUUUGUUUUUGAUCUAACUAGGAUAACCUCUUGUAUGGUUUGAACUGGAUAGUCCAUUUUCAGCUAAGCCUUCUUGUUAAGUGUGAGACUUGAAAAUUGAACAGAAAAUGACUCACCUAACUGCAGAAUUAGUUUUUUUUUAAGUUUCCUAAUGUGUCUAAGCCUGUUUCAACGUCUCAUGCAUGUGGCUGAGCCUGUUUAAAGAUCACGUGUAUAACUCAGCCUGUUUCAGGGUGGGAGGUGCGUGUGCGUGUGUCUGUUCCAGGUCUACACAUUUGUGACUGGACUUAGUUUACUUUGUGUGCAAAUGAAUUCACUAUUUUGUGCAUUGCCUUUUUUUUUUAAGUUCCCUAUACUGGCUGGCUUUGGACUGGGUAUAAACUGGAAGCCCAUUUUGAGGAAGCAUGAUUUCUACACUAGUUCUGCUUCAUGUUCCUUGUAUUGUUUAGUCUGGCAUCAAUAUUUUCUGUUAAAUGGAAAGGAAGAUUUUGCAGCAUGUUUGCCAAAUCCAUUUCACUUAACCGAAUGAGCCUUGUUGCUGGACUUUGGUGUUUCUGUGUGUUUUAACAGACUACUGCAGGAAAUCGAGCAAAUAGUACACAUUGCUUAGACGAUGUUUAAUGUUUUAACACAGCCAAUGUCACCUAGCACUGCAGCCAUAAGGACUGGAAGAGACCACUGCUCCCAGAUCCUGUUCCACCAUUGCUAGAUCAUGGCUGAUCUGUACCUCAGCUCCAAUUACCUUAUGAUCCUUUAAUAAUCUUACCCAACUAAAAUCUAUCAAUCUUAUCAAAAGCAAGGUUUCAUUUUGGUGCCUGACACUGACUAUGUUAAAAUUAAAAUAUUUUCCAAUGAUGUGCUAAUUAAAAAGUCAAUUAAUGACAUAAGUUUCAAUGACAGAACUUUGAGCAGUUACUUAUCUUGUCAUCAAACCACCCAUCAUGAAUUUGAUUUGGUGUGGUACACACAUUAUAUCCAAUCUAUCGCUGCACAGAAUUAGUUCCAAUGUGGCACUGCAUGCAUGAGAUCAUGUUACAUGCUCAGUGAUGUUGCACACAUUAGUUCCUAGAUUUUCAAUCCUCUUCUGCAUAAGAUGACAAUUUCAGUGAAAAAAACUGAGGUGUACUUCUUUUCAUUUUCUUAGUUGGAAAGUUGACAUAUUUUGCAUAUAAUUUGUGCUUUGCCAAAUGGGAAUUGGUUGUGCAUGUGAUAUGGAGAUUUCUGUGCACAAUGGAGAAUGCUAUCUGAGGUGUGAAAUCCAUAAUUAACCAGAAUGCAAUGGGAUUUGUAGUUUAUUAUAUUAAAAUGUUUAUCAUUUCAGUAAUUAGAAUAUCCAAUUAAAGGUUAGUCAGCUGAUACUAUCCUGAUUUUGAUAGCAAAAUAUUGACCCUUAUGUACUACUAAUAAUUCUAAUUUUAUAUAAAUAGAUGCUAAUGGAGAGGCUCAUUUCAUUAAUGUAAUGCACGAGCAAUGAUUUUCAAAGGUACAUAUUUGCUAGCUCAUUGUUUAUUUCUUAUCUUUUCUUGUUCAGUGCUGGUUCUAGAGUAAGAUUAUUAAAGUUUGUUUCAAAUUGAUUAUUUGUUGUUUCAUUGUCACUGUUACAAUUUGGAAAUUCUCCAGGUACCGAGGGCCACUUCUACCAGCAGGCACAUGCAAUAUCUAUGGACCAAAAUGUAACUGAUCUGAGAUGUAGCAUGCCUACGGUGAACAAUAAACCUCUGACUUGA